AUGUGCUCAGACAUAGAGCGUGGCACAGUGGCGGGAAGUUCUGGCAACGGCAAGCUAAGACAGUGGCUAAUUGAGCAGGUGGACACUGGAAAAUACACAGGACUGGUGUGGGAGAACGAGGAGAAGACCGUGUUUCGCAUCCCUUGGAAACGUGCAGGGAAACAAGACUAUAACCAGGAUGAGGAUGCAGCACUCUUUAAGGCUUGGGCUUUGUUUAAAGGGAAGUACCGUGAGGGCAUUGACAAACCAGACCCACCCACAUGGAAAACACGCCUUCGCUGUGCCCUAAACAAGAGCAAUGACUUUGAAGAACUGCUGGAGCGAAGUCAGUUCGACAUUUCAGACCCUUAUAAAGUUUACCGAAUUAUUCCAGAAGGUGCCAAAAAAGGCUCCAGAUCUCUAGAGGACACGACAUCAAGCUCAAGCCCUCCCAGUUAUUCACUACACCCCUCCUAUGCACCCCUCCAGAAUCAAAUGUGCAGCUUCAUUUCUUCUGCAGAAAGGAGUUGGAGGGAUUACCUCUCGGAUAAGAACGCGAUGACCGACAUCCCCUACAAUCAGAAUCCAUACACCCCUCGCUGGGAAACAGGAUACCAGUUCAGUGGCUCCUUCUACAGCUGCAGUGCCUCAGAGCCCCUGUCCUCUGCCUAUACGCUAGAUUCUGGCAUGAAAUCAGCAGAAGCCAUGGCUCUCUCAGAUUACCGGCUCCAUGUGACUGUGUAUUUCCGGGAUACCCUUGUGCGAGAGAUGACUGUGACCAGUCUGGAAGGUUGUGUGCUGGGUGUGAGCCGGGAUGAGUUACCUUAUGGAGGAGCUUCUCAAGGCCCAGACUUUGUUGAGCUUCCACAGGUCGAACACAGCUCUCUUGAGCAUGGGGUCCUGCUGUGGAUGGCACCUGAUGGGCUGUAUGCCCGGCGCCGGUGCCCCUGUAGGGUGUACUGGGAAGGAGCUUACACACCUACUGGCAACAAACACAACAAACUAGAGAGAGAGCAGAGCUGCAGACUUCUGGACACGCAGAUGUUUAUUACAGAGUUACAAAGCUACGCUCUACAUGCACGUCCUCCACCCUCUCCUCAGGUCUUUCUGUUCUUUGAGGAUGAGAGCACAGAGCUACAGAGACCAGAAAGAACUCUUACAAUCCAGGUGGAACCCCUGUUUGCACGCCAGCUUCUCUAUUUUACCCACCCAAGCAGCAUGAACUACAUUCGCAACCACAACAUUUCACCUCCGACUCCGGAGCACAUGAUUUCUUCUAGUCAGGACUUCCAUAGAGUCAUCAGUCAUCAUCACAGCAAUGGACUGUAAAAUCAGCCUAAACACAAAAACUGCAGUUUGAUAACAUUUUUAAAUGCACUGAAGGACAAAGAUAUCUGCAAGUAAUGCAGUACAAUGGUUCAUUUUUACGCUAGCAAAAAAUCAACUUUACCUGUGAUUGUCUCUGAAGACAGAAAAGCAGGUGGACUUAUUGAAUGUUUACUAAAGCACAGGAACAACUGUACAUUACUUACAUUUGAUAUUUUUUUUAAAUAGUUAUUUUUAUAAUCCUUUAUGUUGUUAUAAAUGUGGGCUUUGUGAUAAAACAGUAUUAAACUUUCUACAAUCAAA